UCGCCUCCCUCCCGCCCGGGUGCCGCCGAGCCGAGGCUCCGGGCGGGCAGCGGGCGGGCGGCCGCGCCAUGAGCGCCGAGUGCAGCAGUUACCUCAACGCCGACAAGGUGCUGGUGAGCGGGUUCAGCUGCCCGCGGGCGGGCGGCGACGCCCGCGCCGUGUUCUGCUGCGGCUUCCAGGACGUCAAGUACUGCUGCGAUGACCCCCACAGCUUCUUCCCCUACGAGCACAGCUACAUGUGGUGGCUCAGUGUUGGAGCACUCGUGGGCCUGUCAAUAGCAGCAGUGGUCCUCUUUGCUUUCAUCAUCACUGUGUGUGUCCUCUGUUAUUUGUUUAUCAGCACCAAGCCAAGCAGCAAACUGGAUGCUGGUUUGAGCUUACAGGUGGCAGAUGCAGAGCUGCAUCCUCCACAAAGGCCCCACCAAAACAAGCUGUUGAAAGAGCCAGGUGGCUUCAAGAGUUUCCUAAGCCACAAGGAUGGACUGUGACUGUAAGACACAAGAACCCAACUCACUCUGCCAGAGGUGUUUCCUGGCUCUCACAACCACUGUCGAUAAGCAGAGGCCAAUCUGAAGCUGUGCCAGAUGUGUUUGUGUGGUUGCUGUACUGAGAAGUUGUGUGUUUUGAUUUGCACGUCAGCUACUGCUGUCAGUCAUUUUCACACAAGUUGUCUCUACCCUGUGCAAUUUCAGUGAGAUGUCACAGUUGUCACGCAGAGCAGAAUUUGGCACACCAUGUUUACCAAGCUUUAUUUUAAGCUUUCCCUCUGUGCCAUCUCAGUGUGGUGUCUUCAUGUCAUGAACAUGGUUGUCUUUAGCCAAAUGUGACUGUUCAGUGCACAAACCAAUGUGAAUGCAGUACCUCAAUAAAAUCUGGCAUUUGUGUUGUAUUUUUCUUAAUUUA